AUGUCCACCGAAGGCAAGUCCUCACCGAAGAAGCGACUCGACUCCCAGAUGGAGCCUCAGAAGACCGUGGAGGAGGACGACAGCGGACUCGGCACGAGUAAGUCCCAAACUCCUUCAUCCGGCAUGACUUCUGGAGAGGCGCACGAUCAUCGGAAAGUGGGCCAAGCAGCACCCGGGCAAGCAGCUCCCGGGCCAAGCAGCGCCAAGUCUCCGGCCAAGAAGAGCGCACGCAGCCGCAGCCGCGUCCAGUCGCCCACCAAGAAGAGCGCUGUGCCCGGAACCCUGGAGAAGUCGCCGCUGAAGAGAGCGGGGAAGUUCUUUAGGAGCUCCUCCCCGAAGCCUCCAAAACAGGGGGCGUCUCCCAAGAAAAUCGCCGCCCGUACGUCGGGCGAUGUGCAGAAAAGGACUGCUCUCGUGGAGACUGACCCCGAAACCGGAUUAGCGCGCCAGGUACAGAUCUUCGAGAACCCUCCGCCGCCGGACCGUUCCCCGUCGCCUCCUGUGAGGCGCUACCCAACCCGGCAGGCAGCCAAGAAGAAAGGGCGCGAGAAGUAUUAG